UUCUGUGACCAUUUUUACGGAUAAAAGUGACAUUGUAUGUGUUAUUUUAGUGUGUUUGUAAUACAAAUAUCAAGAACUGUUGCAUGUUAUCAAUCGUAUAUAAACAUGUUUUAAAUAAGUUUUUAUUUAACACGAUGUUUGAAACUAAAGAUCGUCAUUGAUAUUAACGUAUCGCUUACAAACACGCAGACAUAUUGGUUUUAAAAAAAAGAAGUGAUUUGUUUGGAUUGUAGCGGAGCUCGGGUGCCAUGCUGUUCGGUAAAGGCAUCUCGUUUUAUCUAGAUGCUCAAUGUUGGCAAAAACGUUUGAAAUGAAUGUGCUUCGUUGGUUAUUCUUCGCAUUGUCACUGAUGUUGUCCAGCAUAGAAGGAUACGUCGACAUAGCUCCAGUUUCAAGAACACCUCGAACAAAUGAGUCAUUCACAAUAACUUGUGUAACGAAUGGUAGUGAAUCUUUAACCUGGUUAAAAGAUGGUGUCUUUCUGUCAUCUUGUCCAACGGAAUCCCCUGAGUGCUUUCCCCCCAAAAUGGAUUCUUAUCUGUUUUUAUCAAACGUUGGUUCUAAGACUUUUGAUCUUACAAUCACAAGUGUAUCAUUACAAUCCUGUGGACGAUAUACAUGUAGUGAUAAAUCUGAACGGAAUAAGGAUAGCGUUACAUUGACGGUAGUACAGUUUGAAAAUGACAGUAUCAGUCCCAUCACAGAACCAGAUUUGGGUUCGGAUGGAAACAUUACCAUUCUUACAGAUUGUGUGUUUCCUACCAGUGUGUAUUCGCAGUGGUCAAUAGUGCGGGACGGAGAAGAAAUAGACAAUAUCAAAACAUCAACUUCCAGUACAGAAGAGUGUUUAGAAAGCUGUUCAGGGUCUCCGGCCAUUAAAUUCAAAACAUCCGUUUUUCACCAAGAACAUGACGGAGAGUCGAUAGCUGUUGGAUAUAAAUUAGUUAUUAAAAUCAAGGACGUUGACGAACCAAUGACCUGGACCUCGCAGCAAAGAUACAAAAUCAGAGAUACGACGAUCACAACAAAUGGUAGUGCAAAUGAUAAAAAAUUCACAGAUGGAGAAAUUGCUGGGAUAGUGAUUGGUGUCUUGCUGGGAGUUGUUCUAAUUGUUGUUAUCAUCAUCGCCGUGAUCUUUAAACUACGAAAUUGAGAACUUUGAGGUGGAACAACUUGUUACUUGUUAACUGUAUAUCGAUAUCGACAGAAGGGCGUGAAUCAGCUUUCAAAAGUUAUGCCUUACAACAUGUGUAUACUACGAACAGAACUGGAUUUCCAAAUAUAUGCUAAUGACGUUG